UUGUAGUUAUACCGUAAUUCCCUGUACUACACCGCCUUUGAGUCAGACGCAACGCGCCGUCUGCGCAGGUAAUGGUCAGUUCAGCGACUCUCAGGAAACAAACAAAUUGAUCCAUUCAUCUCCUCAGUAUGCCGCUCGAUCGCUAAAACAACACACGUUCUUUUUGUUUCAUUAUUAAUGACAUUAUUUUGUAUCGCCUCUACAUCUCAAACUUUGACACGGAUUUUUAUGUGAAUAACAAGACUACAUCUUCAUCAAAAUCUGGAAAAAACUUACUAUAGAAUAAUUAGAAAAUCGCAAAGAUGCGUGCUUUGUUGCUUCUUUUAACCAUUUCGAUGCUAUCAAUCCUGACGACAAGUACGCCAAUUGACCUGGCCCGCGCGCUGGCCAACUCCCGAACCGCAAGCUCCGAUGCCGCCGAUGGUGCUGCCGCAAACAGACGUGCAGCCAAUGAAGAUCAGCAACCCUUGAUUAUAUACCAGACUUCUUACUUGCCACAUACUGACGAAAUUAGACGAAGUGAUGUAAAGUCCGACCCCAAUAAGGCGCUGCGUAAAGGCGAGUACAAAUGCAAAGGCAAGACCUGCAAAUUGGACCCCAGCCUGGAACCCCCGCUCUGCGGCGACAGCCCCUGCCAGCACCCCCUCUUGCUCAUGGACCCCAAAGAGCAAUGGACUACGUGACGUUGAUUGGUUAAUAAAAUUAUUUCAUUUCUUCA